ACAUUUUCUGCCACGCGGCGAUUAGCUGGCGAAGAGAGCAGAAGAGGAACCAAAGGACGAUAACGAAGAGGCAGAGAAGAGGAGUGAGCAAGCAAAUUUCUCAUUGGAUUCUCCAGUCUCGGAACACACAGAGAUUUGCCAUCUUGUUCUUUUUUUCCUCUCGAUCAAUCUUUGGCCGAGAUGGUCGCUCCUCGAGAUCCCUCUGCUCAUCUGUUUCGUUUCGUGGCGAAAGAUCCGGAUUUCGAGCUUAUUAUCUGGUUGUUAGCCUGAUCUUUGCUUGUUUCCUUGGAGCAGCAGCGUUUGAUUGAAAUUUUGCCGGAGGGAUGGAUCGGAAGAGACUCUAGUAUUCUGAGGAAAAGAAGGCGUGUUUGUGUGAAUUUAGGGUUUGAAUAAUCUUGGAGAGAUGGAGGGAGAGGUCGGAGCGCAGGUCGCUUCUCCCAUCUUCUUUCACCACCAUCACCAGGCCAUUAAUGACGCCCAUCUUCUCGCGAAAAAGCGAGACCUUCCUUGGAAAAAACACAUCUUUCAGCAUAUCCAAUCCCAGGAGAACCAGCAAGUAUCUUCCCUUUCUAAUUCCAGUGGUAAUUGGAACCCCAAGAUGUGGGAUUGGGAUAGCGUGAGGUUCACCGCUACACCAGCCCCUGAUGCCGCGGACUUGCUCUGUCUGGGAUCCCAUCCUUCUUCUUCAGCUGCUGCUGUGGUUGACCUGGCGAAGAAGGGAAACGAGGGCUCGAAUGAUUCUAAAUCUAGAAGGGAUUUGGAAGAAGAUAAUGGGGAACUAACACUGAAGCUAGGAGGUGGAAGUAACUUGGUGGAGGAGCCAGCAGGUGCGAGGCCUAGCAAGAGGGUGAGAUCGGGUACGCCGGCGACUAGUAACAGUUAUCCAAUGUGUCAGGUGGAUGAUUGCCACACCGAUCUGUUGUGCACCAAGGAUUACCAUAGGCGGCACAAGGUGUGCGAGGUGCACAGCAAGACCACCAAAGCCCUUGUGGGAAACCAAAUGCAGAGAUUCUGCCAACAAUGUAGUAGAUUUCAUCCUCUUUCUGAGUUUGAUGAGGGUAAGAGAAGUUGUAGAAAGCGACUUGCAGGGCAUAAUCGGCGGAGAAGGAAGACUCAACCAGAGGACAGUUCUUCUAAGUUAUUGCCACCUAAAUUCCAAGAAAAUAUGAUAAGCGGGAAUCUGGAUAUUAUGAAAUUGUUGGCUAUGUUAAGUCCCUUAAAAGGUAGUUAUCAUGAUAAACCAAGUGGUAUCUCCCUUCCACCUGAUAGUGAUCGCCUAGUUCAGCUUAUCAGUAAAUUAAGUGCUUCAAUUAGUGGAGACCCCUCUGAAAGAGCUACACCUGAUGGUUUUGAUUUGAAUACAUGUCAAGAUGCACCUCUAGGUUCCCUUGAGAAAUCAAUAAAGGCGGUUUUCUCUGCAGCAUUGGCGGCAUCCAUUACUCCUGUCCCUGCAUCUCUUUCACAAGGGAGCAGCAAAAGUAGUGGCAAUCAUAAGGCCAUAGUACAAAAUGCAGAUCCCUCUUUGCCUCCUAAUUUGCACAAUAAACCUACCAAUGUGUAUUCUUCAGUUGCCUUGACAAGCAAAGGUAUCAGUCAAUCGCCUAUGGAAGUACCUCAUCAUGUGGUCCAGCAACCUCACCAAAGUUUGCCUUUGCAACUUUUUGGACCUUCUGAUGAUGACAAUCCUCCGGCAGAGGGAUUUGCAAUUAAGUAUUUAUCCUCAGAAAGUAGCAACCCUACUGAGGAGAGGUCUCCUCCAUCUCCAUCCCCCAUUACGAAAAAAUUAUUCCCUCUGCAUUCAACUUUAGAAAGGGAGAAAUAUACAGGAAGAUCUCAUUACAGGGAAGAAAAUGCAACUGUUGAAUUAAGCACCACUCAUGGUGCAAGUGCAACACUUGAUUUCUUUCAGAAUUUUGAAAGAUCAGCAGAUCAUGUUGGCUAUAAAUCUAAUUACUCAGAUCACUCUCCAUCGAGUUCCAACUCUGUUCAGGAUCGGACUGGGCGAAUAGUUUUCAAACUCUUUGGCAAGGAUCCCAGUAGUUUUCCAGAUGCUCUUCGAGCACAGGUAUUUAAUUGGCUCUCAAGCAGCCCUUUGGAGAUGGAGAGUUACAUCAGGCCUGGCUGUGUUAUCCUGUCAAUAUACUUAUCGAUGCCAUCAAUUGCAUGGGAAGAACUCGAAAGUGAUCUUCUUCAGCGUGUCACUUCUCUUAUUCAAUGUUCUGAAACUGAGUUCUGGCGAAACACAAGGUUUUUGAUUUGCACAAAUAGACAACUGGUGUCACACAAGGAUGGGAAGAUUCGUGUAUCUAAGAAUUCAAGGGCAUGGACUGCUCCUGAAGUGACUUCUAUAUCACCUGUUGCUGUUGUAGGUGGGAAGGAAACUUCUCUCGUUCUUAAAGGUCGCAAUUUGACUGUUCCGGGCACCAAUAUUCAUUGCACAUAUAGGGGUAAGUACAUGUCAAAAGAAGUUCUCUGCUCCACAUACCCUGGCACCAUAUAUGACGAUUCUUGUGUGGAGAGCUUUAACUUUCCUGGAGGGUUCCAAGAGCAAUUUGGCCGUUGUUUCAUUGAGGUUGAAAAUGGUUUUAAAGGAAACAGCUUUCCUAUCAUUAUUGCCAACGUGAAUAUCUGCCAGGAAUUGAGAACCCUCGAAGUAGAUUUUCACCGAGAUUUUCAGACAACAGAUGCCAGUACAGAAGAUAAAGUUAGUAAUAGUCCUCAAUACAGGUCAAAGAAGGAUGUUCUACACUUCCUAAACGAACUUGGUUGGCUGUUCCAGAGGACACAUGCAUCAUCCAACCUGCUGUUGUCUGAUUUCUCAAUUUCACGGUUUAAGUACCUUUUAACUUUUUCAGUCGAACGAGAUUGGUGCACUCUUAUUUGUACUCUUCUUGAUAUUAUCGUGCAAAGAAGCUUAAAGGAUGACUCUUUGAAACACGAGGCACUUGAACUGCUUUCAGAAGUUCAUCUGUUGAACAGAGCAGUUAAGAGAAAGUGCAAGAAAAUGGUAGAUCUUCUCAUCCAUUAUUGUGUAGUUCAUGGAAGUUAUUCGACAAAGGUGUAUCUUUUCCCACCAAACAUGGCUGGACCUGGUGGCAUCACACCAUUGCAUAUGGCCGCUUCUAUGCAUGACUCGGUCGACAUGGUUGAUGUGCUCACUAACGAUCCACAAGAGAUUGGUCUGAAGUGCUGGAAUUCGGUACUUGAUGACAAUCAUCAGUCGCCCUACACAUAUGCACUGUCGAGGAACAACAGUUCUUAUAACAAUCUGGUGGCCAGGAAGCUUGCUGACCGGAAAAAUGGACAAGUAACAAUAUCAUUUGAAGGCGAGAAGAUCACCUCGACAGCGGGAGAAUCAAGACAGCAUGGUUCCCAAGUUUUAGAGUCAGGGUCUUGUGCACAAUGUGCCAUGACCAGAACUGUGCAGCUUAGACGGACACCUCGUACAGGGCUGCUUCAGCGGCCUUAUGUCCACUCAAUGCUUGCAAUUGCUGCAGUGUGUGUUUGUGUCUGCUUACUUCUUCGAGGUUCGCCACAGACUGGGAGUGCAGAUCCAUUCAGGUGGGAGAAUCUAGACUUUGGCCCGAGUUAGUUACAAAAGAAAGUAGUGUCAGGGAGUGUAGUUGGUGUACAGAUUCGAAGAUACUGCUCACAUUGCAUCCGGAGGUGGUCACUCAUCGUGCUAUCUUCUGAUUCCGACAAAAGGUCAUGGUGGCAAACUCCAUUAAGGUGAACAUUCUGCGACAAUCGAUGCACUAUGCAGUGCAACGGAGUUCUUGCAAAGUAUUCUCCAGAUGUAGAGCAGGAUGGUCUCGUGACAACUUUAACUUUGCUCAUUUUCGAAGAAGUCAUUUAGAUUCCCUUAUGCUCUCUGGGUGCCACAAUAACAAGAAGUUUCCUGAGUUGGGGUUCAGAUUGAUACAAACUAAUGUUCUUUUGUUCAAUUGACGCGGCCCGCUGACACGAGCACAAGAUAAGACUCAGGCUUAAUCCUUGAGUUGGCUGGCAAUUUCUAAAUUGUGCAUUUCGUCACAUCCUCUUUUGCAUCUCUUUAUGGUUGAGUGCUACUUUGCCCCUUUCGAUUUCUUUUGAUCACAUCCACCAUCAGAAUGGCUAUGUAUGUUGUGCUAUUUCGUAUGUCAGUAAUGUUUGUGGUUUGACGCCAUGCCGAAAAAUGUCUUCUUAGGAACCCAAGUUAAUGGAGAGCCAUUUGUCUUCAAAAAUUCUCGGAAGGGUGUUUCUAGUGUUAUUGUUAUAAUAUGUUCUUGCUAUGAUUGAAUCACAAUGGAUUGCCAGGUCUAGUAGGUUUUCUAA